AUGGCGGAAGGGGGCGGCGUGUUCCCCCGGAAGCGGGAGGGGAAGGUGGCUCAUUGGCACGUCCGUUUCAUUGGCACCGGGCUGCAGGACUUCGUGGUUUCAGUGGACAAAGAGGAGCGCGAGCUCGCGGAAACGCUGCUGGCCAUUUUGAGGUCCCUGGAUCCCGCGGAUCAUGGCGACAACGCCAAGCUCCGCCGAAUCAGCCAGGAGAAGCUGAAGCAUCUCCGACAGGAGGUUCACUCUCGCCCUGAGCCCAACGCCGGCCCUGGCGGCCACGAUGAGGCAGCCCCUGGCUCCUCAUCCUCCUCCUCAGAUGGCACCAGCAGCCAACUGCGCGCUGCGGCAGCUGCCGCUGCAGCCGCUGGGAGAGAGCGUCGGAAGAGCCGCGAGGUCAAAAAGAAGAAGAAAAAGAAGAAGGAGAAGAAGGAGAAGAAGCACAAGAAGGGCAAGCGUGAGAAGCUGCCAAAGGAUGGGAAGCAGGGCAAGGAUUCCGACACCAAGCCGGUCGCGGCUUCCCCGGCUGGGGCGUCGUUGCAGAUCCAGGUGGAGUGCGAGGUCUGCUGUGAGGUGCGGCCAUACCUUCUGCCAGACGUGCGCAACUUGGCAAAACAGCCCGCCUUUCUGAAAGAUCUCUAG